GGCUUCAAAUAUGUAGUUAUAGUAGCCAUUCUGAUUUUUUUGACACCGUCCCUUGCACAUGGCCCUUCAGCUACUAAUGGUAGGUAAAACAAUUGCUCCCUGGACAGGGAAUCUUGAGCAAUUAUGGAGAUAGGAACACGGUCUAUGAAAAUAAUCUCUUCUCUCCUCAGUCGUUCUUGGAUCUAAGCCUCAUCUACCAUUUCUACUUCGGCAGCUGCCUACAAUAUCUCAGUAAUCAUCACACCCCAAAUUCCCAGAAACACAAAUCAAUUUAAUUGUGCAUGUCUGAAAGACGUGGGAACUGAGGAAAAGUAUCUCACCUAAGGCUAUUGAGCAAUUGGAGCCUACACUGAGAUGCAAGCCAAGAGCCAACAUGGUUCACCAUCCUACGUAUUCUCCAUUCAAGUUGCCCCUUUCUGCAUUCGUCUUGACCAAGAUCCAUGAGGGAUUUGGCUGUCACUGAUAUCUCCCAUUCCACCCACUUUAAGAAAUUACUCAAAACAUCCUCCAGGGCAGCCAUACUCUGGUAACUAUAAAACACAACACAUUCAGCAGUCAGCGUUGGGACAGAGCUCAUUCCACAGAUGCAAUGGCUGCUAGAAUUCUUACUCUCUGCCUCCUGUCUUCAGUCUUAGCAACUGUGACACCCCUAAAAUGCCAGUCCUGUUUUGCCUCCGGAGGACAAUGUAGAAAUGAGGAUAUGAAGAUGAUGGAGUGCAAUGGAGAUGAAGACAUUUGUGCUUCUAUAAUUUUCCGUUCUACUUUUACUACUCCUCCACUUAGUUUGAUUAUGAAGAGAUGCUCAAAAAGCAAGGAAUGUUUCCAAGGUUAUUAUAGUACUACUUCGGUGAAUGGCAGAUACCUACAGGGACAUAUGUACUGUUGCCAGACAGACAACUGUAAUGCACCAACAGUGCUUAUGCCUUGGCGUCGUGAGCUUCUCUCCAACGGAUUACAAUGCCCAGGCUGCUUUGAGGAAAAUGUGGAUUCUUGUGAAGGCACCCAGCCUGUGGUCUGCCUUGGAAAUGAGGACCAGUGUGUCAGUUUGUCUGCUAACCUAGUUGCAAUGGGAGCAAUCAAUCUGAAGUAUGCUUUGAAAGGUUGUACAACGAAGAAUGCAUGCAUUUAUCCCAAGGGAGAGACUCAAGUAGUCAAUGGUUUGUUUCAUGCAAAUGUAUCAGGAGUGGAGUGCGAAAAUCCUAUGAAAGUGUCCGGAGUUUGGAAUAAUGUGAACAACAGCUAGGAUAGGACAGAACGUCUUUCUAGCGUAUGCCAUGAUUUGUAAAAGUGAAGAGGGGUUUGGGGAAAAUGAUGAGAACAGUAAGGGUUUGAGAUCAAAUACAGGUAGUCCCCAGUUUAAGAACAAGUUCU